GCCUAGUGACCCUAGUCGGUGCCUUUGGCUGGCACUGCAGUCUAUGCAAGUCGAGCGGUCCGUCUGUUGAUCCAGCUGUACUCGAGCUGGAGAAGUCAUUCGGGUCGCUUCAGGCGUCGAUGGCGCUGCACACUGAUCCUACUGGGGAAGAUGCCCAGCGCCUGUGGCAGCGGUUCAUCGACGCUGCGCUGUGGCCAAAAGGACCUCUGCACCUGACUCACCACCUGGUGGUCAAGGCCAGGACCGAGUUGUUAGAACAGGGCGACAACAGGUACCCAGUCGUGACACCAGCAACCCUCAAGGAGGCACGGUACCUGGUUGAGCACUGCAAAAGACUUCUGGACGUUGUAGUUUCUCUCAACCCACCUAUCGAUAGCUACACAUGUGAUGUCAAAAUAUACCUCUGCUCGAAAUUGAUGGAAAUUGGUAGUCAUAGACAUGGACUCGACGGCAAUCAAAGGACUGUAAAUUCUGAGAUUGAAAAGGUAAGACAACUCAAAACACUUGUUCAUGGAAAGUUGAAGUUAUAA